GAACUUGACUUGAAAAUGUUAUUCUUUUACGGACUUUGGCUGAUCUCCUGUGGAACUUUGAUCUCCGCCAAAUGGAUUCCGAGUAGGAUAGUGGGUGGCCACUCGGUGGCCAUCACGUCGGUUCCCUGGCAGGUAUCCUUGCAACAAAAUGGGAAUCAUUUUUGCGGCGGCGCCAUCUACAGUGAAGACAUCGUGAUAACGGCAGCGCACUGCGUUAUUUCCACUCAUCCUGCAUACCUUUCCGUGAGAGUGGGUUCCUCGGACAGUAACUCGGGUGGUCAGGAAGUGAGGAUUUCUAGGAUCCUGGUGCACGAGGAUUACAAUGACAAUACGGUGGCCAACGAUGUGGCAGUGCUCCGCCUGGAGUCCAGACUCAAGCUGGAUGCCAGUGUACGGGCCAUUCCGCUGGCGGUCAGUGCUCCCAGAACCGCAACUUCGGCUCGCGUUAGCGGAUGGGGCACCAUUGGAUAUCAGAAACCACAAUCUAGCACUCUAUUGGCUACAGACGUGUCUAUUGUGGAUCAGGAACAGUGUAAUAGGGCGUACGGCGGAUGGAUUCAAAAUGUCAUGAUAUGUGCUUCGGCUCCCGGAAAGGAUGCCUGCCAAGGAGACUCCGGUGGUCCUCUGGUCUCUGGCGGAAAACUUGUUGGCAUUGUGUCCUUCGGAAAUGGAUGUGCCCAUCCCCGGUAUCCAGGAGUCUAUUCUAAUGUGGCGGUACUAAGGUCCUGGAUCCUAAACGCAGUUAACUCAAUUUAAAAAUUGAUUGAAAACGUUUGAGACAAUUGUUUUCAAAAAUACAAAAGCAAUUUAAUUUGAAACUAGAAUCAUUUAUACAAUAUUCUAAAUAAUUUGUAAUGCAAAUAGGAAGUUUCCGUAUCCUUUAACGGCAA